AUGGCUCUCUUCCCUGAAGAACAACUUGACUCUCCCCUGGGCUACUUCUCCGCUCAACCAGGACAAACGCUCAAAGACGGCGCAUGGACAAUAGCCCGCAAGCUCGGGUGGGGUCCGCGAUCAUCUACCUGGCUCGUCAUCGACAAGAAUGAUCUACACCGCGCUCUGAAAAUCUUGACCGCCGCUGCAACCGCCGCCCCGAACGCCAAAAAUGAACGUUAUUUCGUCCUCGAGGCUAUGAAAGCCACUGAUGAUGCACCCCAGCUGCUUGAGACGUUCGAGGAAAAGGAUGAGUGGGGGAGAAGGCACCUCUGUUUGUUGUUCAGGCUUCUUGGACCGUCUGUUGAGGAUUUGAGGCAAGGGAACGCGUAUCAUGGGCAGAAACUGCCUGUUCAUAUCGUCCAGAAGGUCAUUGGCGAUAUUUUGGAUCGUCUGGCCGAUCUUGCUACUCUAAACAUCAUUCAUGGUGCUGUAACACCCGACAACUUCCUCUUCUGGUCCGUCGAACGGGGCGUCGAUGUCCGAAAAGCUCUCGGAAAAGUACCAGCUGACAAGCCUGUCAAGAUACAAGGAAGCGAUGGAGUUCCGUAUCCUACUGUCAAGUCUCAGCCGAUUCCGAACCACUAUACAUGGAAAUCCGAUGCGGAUGAUAUUGCCUAUACGGAAUUCCGUCUUGCUAAUUUCGCACACGGUAAUACAACCGCCACAACCCUCGACACACCUAAAAACAUCCAACCACCGGAAGCCCUCACAGGGGGUAAAAUCGAUCUCAGUUCUGACAUCUGGGCGCUUGGAUGUACAACAUACCUCCUCCUCACCGGAAAGCCCCUUUUUGACGAAUCAUACGUCGCAUCGCCCGUCAAAGUCGCACAAGAAACGCUUGGCAAGCUCGAAAGUCUCCUCACUGAAAGUGCGAACGUCACAGAGAAAGAUCUCGCCUCCACUGCAAAGUUCCUCAGGAUGUGCCUUUCCGUCAAGGUUGCGAAUAGGGCGACGGCACUUGAGUUGCUAGAAGGUGGUUGGAUUUGUAAGAGCGUGUGUGCUUGUGGGUGGCGCGGUUUUUAG